AUGGCGAGGUACUUCUUCCGCAAGAAGUACGCAGGCGACGGCGAUCAGUAUUUAACUCUUCGAUAUGGCGCAAACCCUCACCAGAAGCCAGCAACUGUCUCUAUGCAGGAUAAGCCAUUGCCCUUCAAGGUGCUUUGCGGCGCGCCAGGAUACAUCAACUUGUUGGAUGCACUCAACGCUUGGCCAUUGGUGCAAGAGCUGAGCAGGGCACUCGACUACCCGGCAGCGGCCAGUUUUAAGCAUGUCUCGCCUGCUGGAGCCGCUAUUGGUGUCCCACUCAGCGAAGAGGAGAGGAAAGUAUACAUGGUAGACGAUAUUGAGGGCAUUGAGAACUCCGGGCUUGCACAAGCUUACGCUAGAGCACGUGGUGCGGACCGCAUGUCUAGUUUUGGCGACAUGAUUGCGUUGUCGCAUGAGGUCGAUGUUCCCACCGCCAAAAUCAUCAGCCGAGAGGUCUCAGACGGUGUCAUUGCUCCUGGAUACACAUUGGAAGCGCUGGAGAUCCUCAGGAAGAAGAAAACCGGCAAGUACCUGGUACUUCAGAUGGACCCCGAAUACAUCCCAUCCACCGAAGAGGCUCGCACAGUAUUUGGAAUCACUUUGAAACAACAUCGCAACGAUGCCAAAAUCGUUCCUGCAGACACUUUCAAUAGCGUGAUCGUUCCCAAGAACUCCGGCCCCCUGCCAGAGUCGGCGCAACGUGAUUUGACCGUUGCGACGAUUGCCCUCAAGUACACCCAGUCGAACAGUGUUUGCUACGCACUCAACGGCCAGAUCAUUGGUCUUGGUGCCGGUCAGCAAUCGCGCAUCCACUGCACGCGUCUCGCUGGUGACAAGGCCGACAACUGGUGGAUGCGCUUCCACUCUAAGACUCUUGGCCUCAAGUUCAAGAAGGGAACCAAGCGCCCCUCUAAAUCUAACGCAAUUGAUCUUCUCUGUUCCGGCCUUGUCCCCGAGUCAGGCAUUGAGCGGGAUGACUUUGAAGCUCACUUUGAGGACGGUCAGGUACCACAGCCGUUCUCUGUAGAGGAGCGCAAGGACUGGCUAUCGAAGCUGCAAGGUGUUGCAGUCAGCUCAGACGCUUUCUUCCCCUUCAUCGACAAUGUAUUCAGGGCUCAGAGGAGUGGAGCCAAGUACAUUGCUGCACCUACAGGUAGCCAAAACGAUGGUGCGGUAUUCGAAACUAGUGAGAAGUGCGGCAUCACGUUCGUUGAGCAACAUAUUAGGCUAUUUCAUCACUAA